UAAGCGGUCGCCCAGCCGGUCACACUGCUUGCAUUGUGGGCGGGGGGCGUACUUUAGGAACUUAAUUUUAAGCCCCAACUAAACGCCCCACAAUGGAUACAACUGCCACUCGUUCGCUUUCCUUCGAGUAUCACUACAAGAACCAUGAGGGCAGGGACUGCACAUCGCAGCUAAAUAUCACCUUUCCAUUCGACCAAGAAUCUCUGGAGGAGUGUGUGACCCAGUUGAUGAGCCAGAUGGAUCCCAUGAUGCGUUAUCUGGACGAGAACAUCAGCCUGGAGAAGCAGCUGCAGGAGUUCGUGGACAUGGAACACCAAAGGUUUUUGGAUGACCACGCGGAGAAGCUCCUCAAUCAGGCUGCCAACGAAGAAUUGGACUUGGAAGCUAUAGUGCGGAACACAGAGCGUCUGUACAAGGAUGAGCUGCUGCAGUUUGCCGAUCGCGUGGGCCCCAGCGACGCCGAUAUAUUCGCCCAGAGCUUUCACCGGUUGGUGCACUCCUCCUCGCUGGAGGAAAUCCUUAAGCGGGAGCGGACCUAUGCCAAGGUUGUGGCCGACAUGACCGAGCACAUGGACAACGAGGUGGAGACGCUUAACAACUCGCAGCAGCAGGAAAUGGACAGCCAGAUAAACCAGCUGGAUAUCACCACGACCUCGGACGAUAUCAACAAUCUCCUGGCCCAGCAGUACACCACACAGAACUUUGUGCGCAAGCGCUACGAAUCCGAGCUGGAGGCUAUGAUGGGGCAUCAGAAGAACGAGUAUCGGGACUGGAUCACGAGUCAAGUGAGCCAAAUGUUUCAGGUGCCCCCGGUGGCCACGCCGCUGGGCAACCGCUCCUCGAUGUUCGUCUCGCAGCAACCUUCAAUGGAAGAGAGCUUCACCAUUCAUCUGGGCUCUCAGCUGAAGCACAUGCACAACAUCCGCAUCCUCAGCGCCAAUGUGACGGAGCUGUGCAGUCCGCUGCACGCCGAGGAGAGUCUUAAUGGCUUGAAUAUGGCCCUGGGCCUGUAUUCCAGCUCCCUGUGCGGCGUGGUGGUGCUGACCCCAUCCAUACAGGCGCAGGCCAACAAGAAUAUCAUAAAGAACGCCAACAAAUCCACCGAGUUUCACUUCGAGCAAAUUGAUGUGCAACUGGAGAACAUCGAGAAGCAGAUACGCAGUCUAAGCACUGGCGAUUCCACCACCAGCAGUAAUAGCAGCAGCACGGAAGACAGUGCCACGUCCUCUCCAACCAAGAAGCAGGUGCCCAAACUGAAGACGGGCGACUUCUUCAUCACCAAGCACUCGAAUCUCUCGCAGUCCCAUUGCAUAUUCCAUCUGAUCUCGGACGAACCCAUCAACAGUCCCAGUGAGAUAAACUCGCGACAUCCCGUAAUCUUGGGGCUAAGGAAUAUCCUUAAGACGGCUAGCCGGCAUGACAUUACCACGCUGACUAUUCCGGCCCUGCUGCGGCACGAGAUGAGCGAGGAUAUGACGGUCCAGUGGUGCAUCAGACGGGCGGAGCUGGUUUUCAAAUGCGCCAAGGGAUUCAUGAUUGAAUCGGCAUCUUGGGGAGGAGCAGAAUUAAGCACCUUGCAAUUGCUACUGCCUGACGACAUAUCGGAGAGCCUGUUCACCACUUUGGCUGGCAUGGUGCCCAGCGUUUUCCAUGUGGCCAACCCAAAGAUUCUGGUGGACACCAACAAAUAACUGCAACUGCGGACAUUCCUCAGAUUAAAUUAAAAAAGACUUUAAAUUAUUUGUAUGAAUAUACAGUUUAUUCAGAUUCAGAGUUAUAUAUUUAUGUAUACGCUUCGUCGUUAUUCGUCGUCGUUCCGCUCAAAAAGUUCUCUUGUAACUUCAACACACUCAGAAUUGUCUGUAAAUGUUCCUGUAUCAAUUUUUUGUCAAUAAUUCAUCGCAACCUUUUUCAAAACUACAACACUACGAUGUAUAAGUACAUAUUCUCAUAUAUUUUUAGUUAUGUUUUAGGUAAGUGUAGGUAUCGUGUGUAUAUUACUUCCAAAUGUAAAUGUUUAUCUUUGGUUUUUCGACCCCUUUGCGAGUGUUUUUUGUAAUGUGUGAUGUAUGUUUGUGGAUUGUAAUUAAGUCUGUUCGGUUAUCUGCUUCGAUUAUAAUAAUGAUACUUUGAAUAACUCCGAUCAUUAACUUGUAAAUAUGCCUUUGAAAUAUAUAUAUAUAUAUUUAUGUAUAUCUAAACAAUUGUAUUCUGCGGUAUCUGUUAGGUUUGUUA